ACCAUAAAGGCUACACCUUAAAGGGGCCCGGACAAAUGAUUUAAAACCUCUGCUGAACGCAUUGAGGCGAUAGAAGGUUCACGAGAGUAGGACCAAUACCAACGCAAGAGCCGAAAGGGUCUCCAAGAGCCAACUUGACUAAGCGUGGACAUCAUAAGCCAUAAUGAUCAUCCUCAAGGUGUUCAUUGUUGCCCUCCUGUUUGGAGCCAGCUGUCUGGGUGCACAGGUAAAGAGACAAGAUGACAGUUCUGCGCAAUCAAGAGAAGGCGGAGGACCGCCUGGGCCACCAGGACCACCUGGUCCUCCAGGACCAAAUGGUGCAACAGGACCAAGAGGACCAAGAGGACUAAGAGGACAAGGAGGACAAAGAGGACCAACAGGACCAACAGGACCAACAGGACCAAUAGGACCAAAUGGCACAACAGGACCACCUGGAGCAAAUGGUGACCCAGGACCAGAAGGCCCACAAGGACCACCUGGAGCAGAUGGCACACCCGGACGACCUGGAGCAAAUGGCAGACCAGGACCAAGAGGUAAUCCAGGUACAGAUGGACCAACUGGAGCUCCUGGACCAAAAGGACCACUUGGACCACCAGGACCACCUAGUCCACCAGGACCACCUGGACCCCCAGGACCACCUGGUUCACCAGUAUUUUGUCCGAAUUUUCCUCAGGCACCAUGGCUACCUUGGCCACCAAGACCAUAUCCAUAUGGCCCAGGUCAAAAUUUGCCAUGUGGCCCACCUGGGCCACCAAUUUGGCCACCUGGGCAAAAUUAUGUUCAUUAAUUUUAUAGCCCAGGGGUCACACCGACCACCUGGUACUGCAGAGGAAAAUUAUUCACCUGGACCCCCACCUUUUCAGGCUGGGCCACCAUUUGGACCACAUUCUAUUUCAUAUCCCAAUUAGCCACCCAGACCAAUAAUACCAGACACCAGUACAGCCACCUAUUUUCCUGGAUGAAAACCACCUGGACACCAAAUUACCAACCUACCCCACCACCUGGACCACCUUCAGGACACCCCCUGCCAUUACGGGUUACUCCAGCUAAAAACAACUCACCUGGAAUAGCACCCUGCCAACAUAGAUCACUACCUGGAUCAUCUGUUACUCUGGAUGAAAACAAUCAACCUGAAAUUUGACCUCGCAAACCUGAACCAUUGCCUAGACCUCCACCAAGACCUGCCUGGCGAACACCAAUUACUCCAGAUGAAAACAGCCCACCUAGACCACCACCUUGUCCACUCGCACAACCUGUUACUGCUUAUGAACACAACGCAUCUGGACCACUACUCGGACCUCCAUCCAGUCCACCACUUGGGCUUCCUGAAGAUGUAACCCAAGACCAUAGAAACCAACUUGUUUUUCUUCCAAAAGAAAACUUGUUUGCAUUUUCUGUUUAUCAAGGAUUCAGUCCUAAUCAUAAAAAUCUUAAAAAAUGUGUCCAUCAAUCUCUAAAUGCAAGAUUUCCAUCCUCGCUACCCGCAUUCAAUUAUAACAAUAAAAAUGAUUCUCUUUCUGAA